CCAAACAAUAGUACUUUUCAUUAUUAUUAUUUCCUACUCUUUCUUUACUCAUGCUGUAACUUUUUAAUGCAAUGUGUAGAUAUGCAACAACUCACAGCGACGACUUGAGAUCUUUCAAGUCAAGGUUAAAACAUCAAUUUUAUUAUUUUUACUUCUGCUGAGGAUAAUUACAUUUGUCUGCCUUCCCUUGGUCCUCAUUUUGUUGAUGGCUGAACAAAUUCCAUACAGUGUUGCUACAAGUCUCGUUAACAGGUUGGCUUCUGUUGCCUUACGCGAAUUUGGACGGAUUAAUAAUGUGAUGGAUGAAUUAGAAAGACUUAAAAACACAAUUGAAGUCAUCAGAGCUGUACUCCUUGAUGCUGAGGAGAAACAAGAGAAAAGUCAUGCUGUACAAGUCAUGUUGUGAAAGAUAUGUCUGUGUUGAAUCUUAACUCCAAUGUUGUGGUGGUUGAGAAAGCUAACAAUGUAAGGAGGGAAACUUGUUCUUAUGUGUUAGAAUCAAAUAUCAUUGGAAGAGAAGAUGAUAAAAACAAGAUUAUAAGCUUGUUGAGGCAAUCACAUGAAAAUCAACAAGUUUCUGUGGUUGCUAUUGUUGGUAUUGGUGGUUUGGGAAAGACGGCUCUUGCUCAAUUGGUAUACAACGAUGAAGAAGUGCAGAAUUUGUUUGAAAAGAGAAUGUGGGUAUGUGUCUCUGAUAACUUUGAUGUCAAAACUAUUCUGAAGAACAUAAUGGAGUCAUUAACCAAUAGGAAAUUUGAUGAUACGUUAUCAUUGCAAAACUUGCAAAACAUGCUUCGUGACAAUUUAACUGGUAAAAAAUACUUGUUAGUCCUAGAUGACAUUUGGAACAAGAGUAAUGAAAAGUGGGAUCAAUUGACGACUUAUUUGAUGCGUGAUGCUCAAGGCAGCAAGAUUGUAGUGACAACUCGUAGUGAAUCAGUGGCACAAACAAUGGGUGUAAGUAGCCCCUAUGUUUUGAAUGGCUUGACUCCCCAAGAAUCGUGGCGAUUGUUAAAGACUGUCAUUACAUAUGGGAAUGAGAAACAAGGAGUGAGCCGAACUCUUGAGUCAAUUGGUGAGAAGAUAGCAGAAAAGUGCAAAGGAGUUCCAUUAGCAAUAAGAUCAUUGGGAGGCAUAUUACAAAGCAAAAGGGAAGAAAGGGAGUGGAUUGAAGUCUUACAAGGUGACUUUUGGAAAUUGUGCGAGGAUAAAGAUAGCAUCUUGCCAGUCCUAAGAUUGAGUUACUAUAACUUGUCACCUCAACAAAGGCAAUGUUUUGCUUAUUGCUCUUUAUUUCCCCAGGAUUGGAAAUUUAUGAAGGAUGAAUUAAUUCAAAUGUGGAUGGCACAAGGUUAUCUUGACGGUUCAGUUGAAAAGCAAUGCAUGAAAGAUGUUGGUAAUCAAUUUGUAAAUAUUUUCUUGAAGAAUUCAUUCUUCCAAGAUGCAACAAUGAAUUACCAUGGUGAUAUAGAUGGUUUUAAAAUGCACGAUUUAAUGCACGAUCUUGCAACACAAGUAGCUGGCAAUGAUUGUUGUUACUUGGAUAGUAAGGCAAAAAGAUGUCUAGGAAGACCUGUGCAUGUAUCAUUGAAAUGGGAUGCCUUUUGUAUGUUGGAAUCAUUGGAUUCAAGUAGGCUGCGUACUUUGAUUAUGUUGGAUUCCAAUUCGGAAAAAGUGGAUGAAGAGGAAUUAUCAGUUAUUUCAAAUUUCAAAUACUUACGUGUCUUGAGGCUUGUGACUUCUCGUCAUCAUAGCAAGCUAGUUGGUUCCAUUCAAAAAUUGAAGCAUUUAAGGCAUCUUAACUUGUCAAAGCGUGAUGGACUAAAAAGUCAUCCCAAAUUUAUCAGCAAUCUUGUUUGUUUACAGACAAUAAAUUUGUUAAUGAAUGAUGAUGAUGUACUUUAUACAGAAAUUCUUUCAAAAUUAAUCAAUUUGAGACACCUUGAGAUAUAUCAUUUGACCUUCAAAGACGAGACACUCUCUGGAUCUAGAAAAUCGAGCAUACAACAACACAAGGGUUUGACUUUGUCCAAUUGGCUUUCUCCACUCACAAAUAUAAUUGAAAUAUCUCUUAAUUAUUGCCAAGGUUUCCAACAUCUCCCACCAUUGGAACGCCUUCCGUUCCUUAAGUCACUCGAGUUACGUCACCUUUAUGAAUUGGAGUACAUAUAUUAUGAAGAGCCUAUUCUUCAUGAAUCAUUCUUCCCAUCUUUGGAGAGGCUUGAACUUUUAGUUUGUGGGAAGCUGAUGGGAUGGAGGAGGAUAGAAGAUGAUUUGAGUGAUAUCAACUCUUCACAUCAUCGCUUGUUGCCUCAGUUUCAGUUUCCUUGUCUCUCUAAAUUGGAUAUUAAUGGGUGUGACAUGUUGGCUUUCAUGCCUACUUUUCCAACCAUUAAGAAGAGAUUAAAAUUGAGGAGUUGCAGUGCAGAGAUAUUGGAAGCAACACUAAAUAUAGCAGAGUCACCAUAUUCGAGUGGCUUCCCUCCUCUUUCGAUGCUCAAAUUCUUGAUAAUUACUGAUACCAUUAUGGGUAUGGAAAAAGCCCCAAAGGAUUGGUUUAAAAAUCUUAUUUCUCUUGAGAAUCUUGAAUUUUACUUUCUUUCAAGUCAAAAAUUUCAAGUAAUUGAAAUGUGGUGGUUUAAAGAUGACCUCAACUGUCUUCCUUCCCUCAAAAAAAUCACUUUUUUUCAUUGUGACCUAAAUGCAUUGCCAUAUUGGAUAUGCAACAUCUCAUCACUUCAACACAUUGAGGUGUGCGGUUGUAGAGAUUUGGAAGAUCUGCCUGAGGCAAUGCCACGUCUUACAAACUUACAUACCUUAGAAAUCAUUGAAUGUCCAUUCUUAGCUCAACAAUGUGAGACAGAAACAAGUGCAACUUGGUCUAAAAUUGCUCACAUCCCAAACAUAAUCUUAAAAGAAAGUCUUUGGGAUUAGAAAGCUAGCUUGCUCAAUAAAAGAAAUGGAAGACUGAAGGAGAUGCGUGAAGAUGGCUGCUCUAGAUAUUAAGAGUUUUGACUUUCUGAAUGAUUAUAAGUUAACUUUCUUUUCUUGUUAUUGUGUUAUUUUGUACUUGCUCAUAAACAUGAGACUGAUUGAUCAAGGGUUCUCUUUGUUAAGAGUUCUCUUUUUCUGUUGUUUUUAUUGUUGUUUGUUCUGUGCUCUUUUUUCCUGAAAAGGUUUUCAAUGAGGCAGAUCAUGAGUGUUUGGUUGGUUAUUUUGAAUUGUGUUUUGUUCUAGCUGCCAAAUACUUUUGUAUCUUUAUUUUCUUUUUAUUUAAUAAUAAGAGUCUGAUUGAAAAUUAUAUUGUGCUUUAUUUAUUUUUUUGUUUUUUAAAAUAAAAAUAAGAGUUUGAUUGAUCUACUCUAGAAAUUUUUCAUGAGUAGUCUUCUUGUGAUGAGUUCUAACUGAUGGAUGGACAUUAGUUUUUGGCUUUAUCAUCUAUCUUUUUUCUUUUAAACAUAUUGCUAGACCAUAUUAGUUUAGAUUUUGUUAUCUUUGUUUUAUCAGUUGAUUCUCUUUAAUAUGUUCAUUUGUGUCUUAUAUUUUCUCAUAUAUUCACUCAUCUAAAUCACCAUUGUACUUGAGAUUGAACCAGGGUCGAAAAAAGUUUUUGCAAUAGAGGUCUAUAAUUAAGAGGCUUAUUCUAGUAGGUGGAUGGUUGGGGUCUGUAUCUUGAAUCCAACAUUUUGAAUGACUGUGGAUUUGGAAAUUGUUUACAGUAGAUAGACCUGAAUUUUGAUUUUUUUCUUGAAGCAAAAGAGAAGUUCGUUAAAAAAAAGCACUGUGAGUGUAUAAAAUUACAAUCCAAAAGAAAGAGGUAUGAGAAUGAAAGAAACCACCACUAUAAUUCUCAAAGAUACAACCAACACAAGCUUGAGCAACUCAAAUGACUUUAGCAAAAACACAUAAACUAUAAUUGAUAAUCUGAAACCAACUCCAAUUGCCUAUAAAAGUUGCAAGUUGCCCCAAUGCUACAUCAAAGAAACUAGCUCCAAUGCCCCAUGCAACUCGAGUAGAUCAACUAACUUAAAGAUAGACAAAAUCGGCCCUUGAAAUAGGACUACAGUAUCAAAUUUACUGAAUUUUAACCACCCAUGGUGAAAAUAAAUAACGCAUCGCCCCAGUUACACAGUCAUCUCAUUAGAUGCUUCCUAACACCAAAACAAAUCAUCUUAUCCAAAUCAGCCACACAUUAUCACAAGUAAGUUGCAUCAAUCAUUAUGUUAGUUUGUUUAGGUUUAAUUUUUAAAAAAAUUAGAGUAGUUUGCAUGUGGUUAGGGUUGAUUUUAAAAUUGACAAUUUGAUGAUUGCAUGUGUUGUUAAGAUGUUAUAGAUGAAUGUAAUUGAUCUUUGAAUGAUUUUUAAGUAUAAUGUGGUUUUGAAUGAUGCCAAAUAAACACAAUUUGAAUAAGU